UUAACGGCCCAUAAAGUACACCCAAAUCCAAGUUGGACCCGUGACCGGCCCAUCAAUAAACAAUUCGAGUUUCCAGAAUUCUCUCCAUUUUUAGGGCCUGUUUGGGUAAAAUUUGAUGUACAUUUUGUUCAUUCUCCCCCCUUUGAGCUCCUGCGAAAUACCGGUUACGGAUUCUCGCUCCCAAUCUAACGCCGUCGUUUUUAGAGGUUAUCGCUCUCAGCAAAAAUGGCGACAAUUAUGCAGAAAAUCAAGGACAUCGAAGAUGAGAUGGCAAGAACCCAGAAAAACAAAGCUACUGCUCAUCAUCUUGGCCUGUUGAAGGCAAAACUAGCAAAGCUUCGGCGGGAAAUUCUCACACCAACCUCAAAGGGAGGUGGUGGUGCUGGAGAAGGUUUUGAUGUAACAAAAAGUGGUGAUUCAAGAGUUAGGCUUGUGGGCUUCCCUUCAGUUGGGAAAUCAACACUUUUAAACAAAUUAACUGGCACUUUUUCAGAGGUUGCUUCAUAUGAAUUUACUACUUUAACUUGCAUUCCUGGUGUAAUCACAUACCGAGGAGCCAAAAUUCAGCUCCUAGAUCUUCCUGGUAUUAUUGAGGGUGCCAAGGAUGGAAAGGGUAGAGGUAGGCAGGUUAUCAGUACUGCCCGGACAUGUAACUGCAUCCUCAUUGUCUUGGAUGCAAUAAAACCGAUUACUCAUAAACGUCUAAUAGAGAAGGAGCUUGAGGGAUUUGGCAUAAGAUUAAACAAGGAGCCACCGAAUCUCUCUUUCCGGAGGAAAGAUAAGGGUGGGAUCAAUCCUACAUCCACAAUUAACAACACAAAUCUUGACAUCGACACAGUGAAAGCAAUUUGUGGAGAAUAUCGGAUACACAAUGCUGAUAUCAAUCUCCGAUAUGAUGCAACAGCAGAUGACCUCAUAGAUGUCAUUGAGGGCAGUAGGGUAUACAUGCCUUGCAUUUACGUUGUGAACAAAAUUGAUCAGAUUACACUUGAAGAGCUGGAGAUUUUGGACAAACUUCCACAUUAUUGCCCAAUCAGUGCUCAUUUGGAAUGGAACCUUGAUGGCCUUUUAGAAAAAAUCUGGGAGUAUCUCAAUUUAACUCGCAUAUACACAAAGCCCAAGGGGAUGAAUCCCGACUAUGAUGAUCCUGUCAUAUUGUCAUCAAAGAAAAUGACAGUGGAGGACUUCUGUAUUAUAAUCCACAAGGACAUGCUGAAGCAAUAUAAAUAUGCAUUGGUUUGGGGUUCAAGCGCGAAACACAAGCCCCAGAGGGUCGGGAAGGAGCAUGAACUGGAAGAUGAAGAUGUUGUGCAAAUCAUCAAAAAGGUUUAAUCUCCAAACGUCGUCAAAUCAAGUUACCACCUGAUGCACGUGGUGAGUCCUCUAGCACUGAACUUCAAGUGUUCAUUAAUUGCAUAGCAAGUGGAACUGGAUGGUAGACGGUAUGGUCUGUAAUUUUAGUUGUUCCUGAUAAUAGAUUUUGAGGGUCUUUGCUAUCGUUGGUCCCCCUCCUAAUGAUUUUACCAUUACAUGUAUUUAUUAGAGGACUGUGCUCCAAGAUAUAACCAGAGAAAGUUUUGUUAUUACUGUCUGAAAACGAUUCUAGUUUGAGUGUGUUUAGCAUCCACUCUCCCAUGGCUUGAAGACGUUCCAUCCACAUUGUAUUAGUACAAGGUCGUGCUAUAGUCGUGUGUGUUUAGUUAAGUCGAUGCUACCCGAACUGGUAUGAGGUAUCUACCUGGCCUAUUGGACAUUGAGAUCUGUGAACAUUUGCAUAUGAUAUGCUCGUUGGCAUAGUUAUCUUGUUUGCCCAUGUAUA